AAGAUACUUUUUUCUAUUGAGCACUGACUUUCGACUGCUCGCAAAGUUUCCUAUUAAAAAAAAAAACAAAAAACCAACUUUACCUGAUCUGUACUUUUGAGAAUUACUGAUUUCUGUUUUUAUUUUUUCUCUUACUUUAAAAAAAAAAACAAACUUUCUUUUUCCACCUUUAAGAAAAAAAUGCACUCCCGCGUGCUGAGCGCGCUGCUGACCCUGCAUCUGGUGCCGGCGGCGCUCGCCUUGUCUACCUGCAGCUCGCUCGACAUGGACCAGUUCAUGCGCAAGAGGAUCGAGGCGAUCCGCGGGCAGAUCCUCAGCAAGCUGAAGCUCACCAGCCCCCCGGAAGACUUCCCCGAGCCCGAGGAGGUGCCCCCGGAGGUGAUCUCCAUCUACAACAGCACGCGGGACCUGCUGCAGGAGAAGGCGAGCCGCCGGGCCGCCGCCUGCGAGCGCGAGCGCAGCGACGAGGAGUACUACGCCAAGGAGGUCUACAAGAUCGACAUGAAGCCCUUCUUCUCCGAAACUGUCUGCCCAGUUGUUACAACACCCUCUGGCUCAGUGGGCAGCUUGUGCAUCAGACAGGCCCAGGUGCUCUGUGGGUACCUUGAUGCCAUCCCGCCCCCUUUCUACAGACCCUACUUCAGGAUCAUCCGCUUUGACGUUUCGGCGAUGGAGAAGAACGCUUCCAAUUUGGUGAAAGCAGAGUUCAGAGUCUUCCGUUUGCAGAACCCCAAGGCCAGGGUGCCCGAGCAGCGGAUCGAGCUGUACCAGAUCCUCAAAUCCAAAGAUUUAACAUCUCCAAACCAGCGCUACAUCGACAGCAAAGUUGUGAAAACAAGAGCAGAAGGCGAAUGGCUGUCCUUCGAUGUGACAGAUGCUGUCCACGAGUGGCUUCACCAUAAAGACAGGAAUCUUGGAUUUAAAAUAAGUUUACACUGUCCCUGCUGCACCUUUGUGCCAUCGAAUAAUUACAUCAUACCCAAUAAAAGUGAAGAGCUAGAAGCAAGAUUUGCAGGUAUUGAUGGCACCUCCACAUAUACCAGUGGUGAUCAGAAAACUGUAAAGUCCACUAGGAAAACAAACAGUGGGAAGACCCCACAUCUCCUGCUAAUGUUAUUGCCCUCCUACAGACUUGAGUCGGCACCUUCCAACCGGCGGAAGAAGCGCGCUUUGGACGCGGCCUAUUGCUUUAGAAAUGUGCAGGAUAAUUGCUGCCUGCGUCCACUUUACAUUGAUUUCAAGAGGGAUCUUGGGUGGAAAUGGAUUCAUGAACCUAAAGGGUACAAUGCCAACUUCUGUGCCGGGGCCUGCCCAUAUCUGUGGAGCUCAGACACUCAGCACAGCAGGGUCCUCAGCUUGUAUAAUACCAUAAACCCGGAGGCCUCUGCGUCCCCGUGCUGUGUGUCUCAGGACUUGGAGCCGCUCACCAUCCUCUACUACGUUGGAAAAACGCCCAAGAUUGAGCAGCUCUCUAACAUGAUUGUCAAGUCUUGCAAAUGCAGCUAAGGUUCUUGGAGCAGCGGCCAGGCGAGCAUCGCAAAAACGACUGCGAGGAUGCGCGUAACAAGAAAACAUAAGAGAGCCUUGGUUCAUCAGUGUUAACCUUUCUGAGAAAAGCGGUACUAGUUCAAACACUUGGGAAGUGUGUGUUCUGUGCGUUAGAAGUGGCAUCUGAAACAAAAAGAUAGAGAGUAGAAGGCCUUAGUCUACAUUUCCUGUCCUUUGUAAGUGAGAGAGACGAGAAGCAAAAUUUUUUUUUUUUUUUUUUGAAAAAGGAAAAAAAAAAACACUGGAAGAAUUUGUUAGUGUUAAUUAUGUGAAAGAAAAAAAUGAAAACCAGGAGAAUCCCGUGCCUCGGUGUUGCCGCGUCCCGCCGCUCCUGUGCCACGCUUGCUGUCUCGCUCUGCCCUAGGCACCCGGUCCACCCUCCUAGGUUUGCCGGCGAGUUAUUUAUUGUGUGUUAUUAUAUAAUGAACGUUUCAUUGCCCUUGGAAAAUAAAACAGGUGUAUAAAGUGGAGACCAAAUCCUUUGCCAGAAACUCAAGAAUGGCUUAAGGAAACUUGAACUCAAACGAGCCAGAGAAAAAGAGGUCAUUAAUGGGAUUAAAAAAAAAAAAAAUGAAAGAAAGAAAGAAGGAAAACAAAAAUGCAUGGGUUGUUAUACGACCGAGCAAGCCUGCCUUAAGAAAAAAACCUGAAAGCACAUGCCAUGUACGAUUGCCCGAGGAACGUGUGUGUAGGGUUCAAACACGAAAAAGCCUGUUAAUAAAAGAAUUUUCAGCCAGAA